AUGGUGUUUGAUAAAGGGCAUCCACUUGUUUACAAGUUCAUUGAAGAAUUUGCACUCACAUUUGAUGGGAAUAAGUGGGGUCACAAUGGCCCUUAUUUGGUUUCAAGGGUUGUUUCAAGAAUGAUUGGAAGAGCUGGAUUUGAUUUCACAGUGUUGCCACCAGUGGCGUUUUAUCCAACUGAUUGGAGGAGAAUUCGUAGUCUCUUUCAGCGGCCUAGAAAUGAGACUAAUUUGAAAAGGUUGCUUGCUAAACUGGAGCAAAUUUGCAGGCAAAGCUAUGUGGUUCACCUUUGGAAUAAGCAGAGUAGAAGGCUUAAAGUCGUAGAAGGGAGCAUCAUUGGACGCAUAAUGUCUGAUUGUUGUGGCUUCUGUAAUUCUUCUGUAUCGACAUUGUACCAGUUUUUUGGCUUUCUGUUUACUCAUGCUCAGCAUCUUCAUGGCUGUCCCUGUAUUACUUAG